AGUACGCUCAGCAAAUUCAGCACAGCGAGGACAAUCCAGAUGCGCAUGGCUGGUACGCCGGAUUCAGUGAGUGCACUCGAAUUAAAUAAGAUCCCUGUUCUUCCUAGAUCCCCGGUCUAACAAAGCACCUUCUGGGUAGUUCACGGACUGGGAGAAUUUAUCGGAUGUCUGGGUGCCAUACCAUGCUGCUUCUGUUGCCCAAACCCCUUCAAGCCGGUCGCACAAGGUGAAGUCGGCUUGAUCACAAGAUUCGGACGAUUCGAGCGCGCUGUCGACCCCGGUCUCGUCAAGGUGAACCCUCUUAGUGAGCACCUCACGGCUGUCGACGUCAAGAUCCAGAUUGUUGAAGUGCCUCGCCAGAGCUGCAUGACCAAGGAUAACGUCAAUUUGAACCUGAGCUCCGUUAUCUACUAUCAGAUUGUCUCGCCCCACAAGGCUGCGUUCGGCAUUUCCAACAUCCGACAAGCGCUCGUAGAGCGUACUCAAACCACCUUGCGCCAUGUGAUCGGAGCGCGGGUUCUGCAAGAUGUGAUUGAGCGCCGUGAAGAAAUUGCUCAGUCGACAUCGGAGAUCAUCGAGGACGUGGCCUCCGGAUGGGGUGUUGCAGUCGAGUCGAUGCUCAUCAAGGAUAUCAUUUUUAGCAAUGACUUGCAAGACUCACUCUCUAUGGCUGCGCAGUCCAAGCGCAUCGGUGAGAGUAAGGUUAUCGCUGCCCGGGCUGAAGUAGAGUCGGCCAAGCUUAUGCGUCAGGCCGCCGAUAUCCUGUCCUCGGCUCCUGCUAUGCAGAUCCGCUACCUUGAGGCGAUGCAGGCCAUGGCCAAGACGGCCAAUAGCAAGGUCAUCUUCCUCCCAGCAAUGAACCAGACUGUGCAGCAGCAGCUUGCAGCAGCAGAGAAUGCUGGGGAGGGACCAAGCCGAUAUGGACAACAAGUCGAAGAUGGCUUUCAGCAGGCAAUGAAUGCACGUGUGGUCGAGAAUAUCUAGAGCAUCACUCGUUGUUUCUGUGAUAUCGCGGAGGUUGGUGCUUAGGUUGAUGAGUUUGAUGGAGAUGUCGCGUGGUUGGAGCUGACUGGACCCUACCCAUGACGUUCUCUAAGACAGCGCUGCUGCUGCUACAUUGUGCGCAGCUUGCAUUCAUACGCGAAUGAUUAUGACGAUACCCACCCUCGUUUUCGCUUUUGCUUAUGAUACUCCCGGAAUGCGUUGGGCCUUCUUUUUUGAUAGUUUCUGCUAUCGCUUUGCUAAUAUCCUUGUCCUGUUAAUAUUAUUGUGCUCCAAUUGAGACUAGCUCGACAUUGGUGUUAUCCUCGCAGUUGGCCACCGUAAUGUACCUAUUUCAAACGCCCAGUAUAUCAAGAGUAGUAUCA